AUGAAAAAUUUCACAAUCUUCCUCUUUUUUUUUGGUUGUUGUAUGUUAGACCAUGUAUCCGGUGCUGGAAUCAGGAUCGUAAACGAACUCAAAAAUAAAAAAACUGUUUGGAUGAGAUGCUUUUCUAAAGAGGAUGUAUUGGGUCCAACACUAAUACCAAACGGAGGGGAAUUUGUAAAUCAUUUUGCUCCUAACUAUUUUGGUAGGACUCGUUUUAUGUGUACAAUAAAACAACGAUCUAGAUUUAAACAUGUUCUAAAUUUUAGAGCAUUUAAAGGAAAAAAUUAUUGGGAUUGGAAAGUCAGAGAAGAUGGGCUCUAUUUAAGAAGAAGUAGACUUGAAAUUACUAACAACACAACAAAUCUGCAUAAGGAGUUAGAUUGGAUAGUAUAG